UCGAAGGGGACCAGAUCUUCCAUCAGACUGGCGAAAAGGAUGAAUAAAAAAAAUUAUGAGUUAGAGAAAAAAAAAACAAAGAAGAGGUGUGUGAAAAAAGCUCAUGCGUAUACAAUGAAGUUAACUGAAUUUUUGUGGGUCAUGCAAAUAUGUAACUCACGCUAAUGUUCAUGCUCCUUGCAAUAUAUAUACAUAAAGCAAACAAACCCAUUCAAGCACAAACCAAGUUGACCACAAAAGUAAAAGAAAAAUGGGGAUAAGAACUAUUGGGGCAUUAUUAAUGAUGAUGAUGAUAAUUGAAGUAGAGUCGAGUCUUCACAGAGUAGGCGGUGGAAAAUACAAUUGGAAACCCGAUGUUAACUUCUCCGAUUGGGCCAACCACCAACGCUUCUACUCCGGCGACUGGCUCUAUUUUGGGUUCGAUCGGACCCGUCACAACAUCCUCCAAGUAAACAAGAGUAGCUACGAGCAGUGCAUCGAUAAUGAUUUUAUAUUCAAUGUGACAAGAGGAGGACGAGAUGUGUUCCAACUUCUUCAACCAAAGCCUUAUUACUUUAUUUGCGGUAGAGGUUAUUGCCUCAAAGGAAUGAAGCUCUCCGUUAACGUCCUUCCUCAGCCGCCGCCUUCAACUUCGACUGUUCCCAUCAUUCCCGCCUCAACCGCCAACACUCUCAUAAUAGACUCAGACGCUUUCACCGCUAUUGCUACCACCAUUCUUACGGUCUUCAUUUUUAAAGCUUUAUACUUCGACUAGGCUAUGUGACUAUUUCGUUUCUUUGUUGAAAUGGAUUUUGUUGCUUUAAAUUGAAACUAAAGGUCAAUUUCUGACAUGUUCAUUACAUUAUCUCUUUAUUUUGUUCUUAUGUUCUAGUUGAUUAAAUCUAGUGAAUCAUUUUCGAUAGUUAUUAUA